GCUAGGGGUUGCAGUUUAAUUGAACACAAAUCCAAGCCAUAGCAUAAGCAACACAAUUCUUAACUAAAUUUAUCUAAGGAGGACAUUUAUCCCCCACUACCCUGAAAUAUAUAUUUUAGACCUAUCAGUUAUUUUUGAAGAACAAAUCAGCAAUGAAGUUGAGUGUUGGAAUAUUUUUUGGAGGCUUCUUUGGAGCUCUUGGGAUUUUGUUUUUUCUGGUUGCUUUUGGAACAGACUAUUGGCUUCUGGCUACAGAAGUUGGGAAGUGUUCUGAAGAUGUGAAUCGCACUAGGGAAGAGACAAUUAUGUUCCACCAUGAGGGUUUCUUCUGGAGAUGCUGGUUUGAUGGGAAGGUUGAUGAGACUCCUAGCAGUAUGUUAAAGUUUUGGUACACGAACCAGUCACCUUCUAAAAACUGCACCCAUGCUUAUCUCUCUCCAUUUCCUUUCUUAAGAAAUUCCCAUAAUUCAACCACCUAUAAUUCUGCAAUUAUUUAUCGCGGUUUCUGGUCAAUUUUCAUGCUCCUUGGAGUGGUCACUGUGGUUGUUGCUAGUUUCUUCAUCAUCUGUGCUGCACCUUUUGGUAGUCACAUCCUCUACAAAAUAGGAGGAAGUUUUUUCAUUGCGGCUGGCAUCCUAUUCUCCCUGGUGGUUGUACUAUAUGUUAUCUGGGUCCAAGCAGUGGCUGAUCUCAAAAACUAUGAAGCUCAGAAGAAAAUUGACUGUUCAAGUUAUUCUAUGUAUGUUCGUUACGGCUGGUCUUUUAUACUGGCUCCAGUUGGAAUAUUUUUUGCUAUGUUUUCUGGCAUGUUGUUCCUCCUGGUAGGACGUACGAUUUAUCUGCAUUCUGAUUAGCUGGGUAACUGGUGCUUGAAGUAUUAGUGUGUAGUGAAGUUGUGCUAAAAAUGUUUUUUAUACAUUGUUAUCCCUACUACCAUAGAAUGCUCAUGGUACCAUUGAAGAUUGACUUAAAUGACUAAUGUAUUUUCAUAUUGUCUACUCAGUAAUACUGGAAGUGUGAUGCUUAGGUUCAGUGAAGAUUGCUUCACAGAAAUAUGCACAAUAUUGUAGCCAAUGUUUAGAUGUUCUUCUCAUGAAGGACAUAAAAAUUGUUUCAAAAAUUUAAUCCUUUCAUAUUUCUUCAAAUACUCCUAUAUGUAUUAACACAAAAAAUAUGUAAAAGAAGUAGGUGCUGGCUGCAGGCCAAUUCAACAAUUCAUUAUUGACAUUAGCAACUUAAUGAAGGAACAUUCACAAUGAAACUAGGUCUUCUCUCCUGCGGCUGGAAGUAAGGAAAAGAUUACAGGAGAGGCCUUUUAGGUCAACCUUCUCAAUUCAUCUACAAUGAAUUUUGUAUUCUGUUUCCAGAAAGAUCCCAAAUUUCAUGUCUUUAGCAAUAACAUUUUAAUAUUAUAUAAUAAUAUAAUAAUAUUAAUUUCCAGAAACAGGCACAUUUUUAAAUUCAAUAUAGAUCUGAAUUUUCUCUAUCAUCAAUAUCUUUUUCCAGUGUAAGGAUCUGUGUACUUACGACAGCUAAUAAAUAAGGUCUGAUCA